AUGAUUGGCAACUCGCCGCCCGAAUGGGCCCUCAUCCAAUUCUUCAUUCUCAUCUUCCGCUUCACGCCUCUCCUCUACCUCGUCGCCCUCUUUGCCCUGCUCACCCACUCCGUCUACGACCCCCUCUCCCAGCAUACCGUCGCCGUCCCCAUCCUCCUCCUUCUCCUCCUUGUCGAAGCCGUCUUCUACGUCUUCCUGUACCGGCCACACCUUCUCCGCGCCACCCGGCCCGCCGCUCCACCCUCGGCCCGUCUCACCGCGCCGCAGCGGCAGGCGCUCUUUCGUCGCUGCCUCGCGCACGCCCGCGACCCGGCGCUGUACCUCCGCGGGUGGUUCCUCAAUGCGCCGCUUGCCGACAUUCACCGCGACAACGUGCGCGAGUUUCUGCUCUGGGCGUUUUUUGAGGCCGAGGAGGAGGGGGAGGAGAAGGAGGAGCUGGCAGAGGCGAAGGUGGUCGAGCUCGACGGCUACGUGGCUGAGCUCGGGGACCGCCUCGGACACCGCUUCGCGCCGGGCCGCGGCAAGGCUAUGAGCCUGCGGCUGACGCUGGACCCGGUCAAGACGACGUACCGCGGGCUUGCGUGGUACGGCGUCAUGGCGCUCAUUGACGCGGUGACGUGCGCGCUGCUAUGGGGGCACGGGUUCCGCUUCUACGGGCGCGGCAGCGCCGCCGAGGUGCUCAAGACGUUUCCGCCGCGGCCGCAAGAGCUCCUGAGUCGGCGCAAGUCACCCGCGCCGGCUCUAGGAUACUGGUACUACGGGCCGUCGCCGUCAUCGGCGGAUAGACCGCCCAAAAGCGCUGGCGCCAAGACGGCGGAACAGCUGCCGUUGGUGUUUUUCCAUGGCAUCGGCGUCGGCCUGCUCACCUAUCUGCGCUUCCUCUUUGACCUUGUUCGCGCCGCCAAGGCCUGCUCCAAGAAGGACGCGAAUAGUCUCGGCAUCAUUGCCGUCGAGAUGCUGCCCGUGUCCUUCCGCCUCACGGCCCCGCCGCUCGACAAACGCGCCUUUCUCGCUGCCUUUACCGCCAUCAUCGACGCGCACGGUUGGGACGACUUUGGUAUCGUGUCGCACUCGUACGGCUCCGUACCAACGACGCACGUCCUGACGGCUGACGACGCGGGGCUCCGCCGGCGCGCCAGAGCCGCCACGCUCGUCGACCCCGUCACCGUGCUGCUGCAGCUGCCGCACGUGGCCUACAACUUUACGCGGCGGCCGCCGCGGACCGCGGCCGAGUGGCAGCUGUGGUACUUUGCCAGCACAGACGUUGGCGUCGCCACGGUGCUCGGGAGACACUUCUUCUGGCGGGACAACAUUGUCUGGAAGGAGGACUUGUUGCGCCUACCGGGUGGAGGCCGCCGGAAAGUCGCCGUUAGCCUGGCGGCCAAAGACAUCAUCGUCAAUGCGCCCGCAGUGGCCCAAUACCUGCAAGAGACCAAGGAUGCGGUGGCAGAUGGCACUACGGAGCUUGAGGUUGGGUUGCUGUGGUUCCCCAAGCUGGAUCACGCGCAGGUUUUUGACACGCCAUCAGACUACAACAAGAUUAUCAAGUGCGUCCUAGCACAUGACGAUUGA